AUGCACCUGCCUGCAGCGAUACCAAGCAGCGCCCUUUCAGCGUCAGCGUCAGCGUCAGGGCCGACGACACGGACCCAUGGCCUCGUGCAAUACCUCGGCCAGUCGGGGCGGUACGAUGAGAGCUGGAGCAGUCUUAUCGGCAUCGUCACCGCCAUCGUCGGCAACGUCCUCAUCUCCUUCGCCCUCAACACGCAACGCUACGCCCACAUCAGGCUCGACCGCGAGUGGCAAGAGAAAGAGCGGCAACGGAAGAGGAGGAACGCCAGCAGCACCAGCCUAGCCCGCCUUGCCGACCAAGGCAACAGGAAACACGUCCGGCCCAGCUCCAACGCGCGGCCGUCCACGGAAGCAGAUCCUCUCAUCUCACACGGCGAGUCGAGCCCAGAGCGCGGUGCUCGUGUCGAUGGCGAGGGCGGCCAUGUCGCCUACAAGCAGCCGUCCUACCUCAAGUCCACCUACUGGUGGCUCGGCAUCGUCCUCAUGACCAUCGGCGAGGCCGGCAACUUCCUCGCCUAUGGUUUUGCGCCUGCCUCGAUUGUGUCGCCGCUCGGGGUCGUGGCGCUCAUCUCCAACUGCAUCAUUGCCCCCUUCAUGCUGAAGGAGCGCUUCCGUUGGCGCGACGCCGUGGGCGUCGUGGUUGCAGUGGGCGGUGCCGUCACCGUGGUGCUGUCGGCGAGCGACAACAACCCCAAGCUGGGGCCCGAUGAGAUCUGGGGGCUUAUCAAGAGGUGGGAGUUUGAGACGUAUCUGGGCAUCACCACCGCUGUCAUUGUCGUGCUCAUGGGCGCGAGCAAUCGCUAUGGCGAGAAGAACAUCCUGAUCGAUCUGGCCCUCGUUGGCCUGUUCGGCGGCUUCACCGCUCUCUCGACAAAGGGCGUUGCGUCGCUGCUCUCAUACACGCUCUGGCGCGUCAUCACGUUCCCCGUCUUCUACCUCCUCGUUGCGAUACUGGUCGGCACCGCCGUCAUGCAGAUCAAGUACAUCAACCGCGCCCUGCAGCGGUUCGAUGCUACACAGGUCAUUCCCGUUCAGUUUGUCAUGUUCACGCUGUCCGUCAUUCUCGGGUCCGCCAUCUUGUACCGCGACUUCGAACGGACAUCAGGCGACGACGCUGGCAAGUUUGUCGGUGGCUGUGCCCUCACCUUCUCAGGUGUCUGGCUCAUCACCAGCGGCCGACCGCGCAGACACGACGACGAGGAUGACGACGAGGAAGAAGAAGAGGUCGAUCCUGAGUCAGAAGAAGCCAUCGGCCUCCAACACGAGCGAUAUCGUGACUCGAUCGACAGUACGGCAUCCUCCUCCUCCUCCUCCACAAUCCGCGCCGCCUCCCCACCCCUUGAAAUCCUCGAAAUCAACCCCCUCUAUCGCGACGAAGAUUCAGCCUCCAACGACUUCCGCCCAACAACCCCCAUGAUCAAAGUCUGCACGCCGGAUCUCUCCACCCCACCCCGCCAAACCUACCCAUCCGAAGCCCUCGACUCUCUCGUACAGAAUCCUUGGUCCCAGCCUCCUGUCCGGAACACCCCAUCACCAAAGCCUUCAAUCAGCAGGCACACUUCCACGCCCGUGCUACCCAGCGAAGCUGCACCCCCGCCAGCCAACAUGACUUCGAGGCUCGGAGCAACGCCGUCGGACCCCGUAUUAGCCAACGCACCGCUGCCACGCACACCGAAGCGGGGCAAGAGCCACGACGAGCUGCCUGUCACGCCCGGCACAUCGCAAUCGAACCUGGGCCCGGGGCUGCGGCGACUGCGCACGAACGAGCGACAGCGAGGCAGCAUUCCCGGCCCUUUGCUAGCGAGUCCGCUGAGCACGAGUCUCAGCGCGCUGGUGCAGGACCUGAAGCGCGGGGGCAGCGUGAGGAUGCGGACGGGCGAGUACAAUGAGGGUCGCCGACAAAGCGUUCUUGGUCUGGGGACAACGCCCGGCGCGAACCACGGCGAUGAUUUGUUUGGCGAGCCUCUGUCGAGGAAAAGCACGCAGGGCGUUGGCGCUGAGAGGAGCGGCGAGCGACCCAGCGGGAGGGGCCGCGGUAUGAGCGGCACCCUGAACGAUUUGUGGCGAGGCCUCCGCGGCCAGAGCAGCAAAGAGGAUAUCAGCGGCGAGCAGCAGAGAGAGGCAGGUGAUGGCAGUGGGUUACCUUGA